AAGAGCCGUAUCGGUUGCGUCGUAUCCUUGAUCGCGAGCGCCUUGUUUUCUCUGUCUGCAGUCUGCUCCGCUGGAGAUGUCCGUCCCACUCCCACCAUACUUAUAUCCUAAUUAACAGGCGUAGCUGGUUCGUGGUGACCAUCGCCACGCCUUCACAGGACGCCCAUCAUCAUCUGUGGUAACACACGGCCGGCGGCGUCACCCAUCCAACAAGGGAAAACCACGAUGGGCUCCAACGCGCGCCCCCACGCGGUGCUCAUCCCGUACCCGGCGCAGGGCCAUGUCACGCCGAUGCUGCAGCUCGCCAAGGUGCUGCACUCGAGGGGAUUCUUCGUCACCUACGUCAACACCGAGUACAACCACCGCCGCCUGCUCCGGUCUCGUGGCGCGGACGCGCUGGAUGGCCUCGACGACUUCCGGUUCGAGACCAUCCCGGACGGCCUGCCUCCGUCCGGCAACGACGACGACGACGUCACGCAGGACAUCCCCACGCUCUGCGAGUCGCUUCUCCGGAACGGCGCCGCGCCGUUUAGGGACCUACUGACGAGGCUCAACCGCAUGCCCGGCCGGCCGCCGGUCACCUGCGUCGUGCUGGACAACUUCAUGAGCUUCGCGCAGAGGGUCGCCAACGAGAUGGGCAUCCUCGCAGUGGUGUUCUGCACCAUGAGCGCGUGUGGCUUCAUGGGGUAUCUCCACUACAAGGAGCUCAUGGACAGAGGCUACGUGCCACUCAAAGAUGAGAGCUACCUGACCAACGGGUACCUGGACACGGUGCUCGACUGGGUGCCCGGGAUGCCGGGCAUCCGUCUGCGAGACAUUCCCAGCUUCAUCCGCACGACGGACCCGGACGAAUUCAUGGUCCAUUUCGACAGCAACGAGGCCCAGAACGCGCACCGCGCGCAGGGGGUCAUCUUCAACACGUUCGACGCGCUGGAGCAGGACGUCGUCGACGCGAUGCGCCGCAUCUUCCCUCGCGUGUACACCAUCGGCCCGCUCCUCACGUUCGCCGGCACCAUGGCCCGCCCCGACGCGGCGGCGAUCAGCGGCAGCCUCUGGAAGGAGGACCUGAGCUGCCUCCGGUGGCUGGACGCCCGGACGGGCGGCUCGGUCGUGUACGUCAACUUCGGCAGCAUCACGGUCAUGACGCCGGCUCAGCUCGCCGAGUUCGCGUGGGGCCUGGCGCGCUGCGGCAGGCCGUUCCUGUGGGUCAUCAGGCCGGACCUCGUCACCGGCGACAAGGCUAUGCUGCCGGAGGAGUUCUACGCUGAGACGAAAGAGCGAGGGCUCUUCCUCAGCUGGUGCCCGCAGGAACAGGUCCUGUCGCAUCCGUCGACGGGGCUGUUCCUGACGCACUCUGGGUGGAACUCGACGCUGGAGAGCAUCCGCGCCGGCGUGCCGAUGAUCUGCUGGCCGUUCUUCGCCGAGCAGGUGACCAACUGCCGAUAUGCCUGCAACAACUGGGGCAUUGGACUGGAGAUUGACAACAAUGUCACGAGGGAGGAAGUGGCACGGCUCAUAAAAGAAGCCAUGGACGGCGAGAAAGGCAAAGACAUGAAAGCGAAAGCAACGAUGUGGAAGGAGAAGGCCGUGGCGGCAACAGAAGGCGGCGGGACCUCGAGCGUUAACAUUGAACGUUUGGUCGAAUUCAUGCUUGAAGGAAAUGUUCCUACAGCUGCAAGCUAAUUGUAUGAACAGUACAUGCAUAUGAAAACCAAAGUACUCCUAUAAUAUUGCCAGUGAACUUGUAUUAUGCAAGUAUAAGUACUGAAUUCCUUUUUUUUUAUGACGGUCAGUUUCACAGUAGAAAAUAUGGUGCCACACGAACAUGUCGAUUUCAGAAUUCAGAGUGAAGAUACAAGCUUGCUUGUCAGUAUUUUCAGGUAGGCCUGUAGUUUCACCUGCCAUGCUACAGAAUGAACUGCAAAUCAUUUUAUUC